GAAAUUCGCCCAUCCCCAGCCAUGCGUAGCUCCGACAAAAGGGAAAAACCCCCAUAGACCCUUGGUGAGAAGGCAAUUCGCGUCCACGGCAAUCCCGUCAACAUACCAAAGACGCAAUGCCCGGACGACAGUCUCACGGACGCUCGCUGCUCGACCAGCACAAGGGCAAGGGCAAGGGAAAAAAGCCACAGCAGCAGCAUCAGCAAGGGGGGCGCAAGCCUGGCUCCCGCGCCACGGCGCUCGACGCCUUUGCCAUCGCGGCCAAGGAACUACCGACAAAGUCCGGAAUCCGGGGCACCAGGGCACGCGACCUCGACUUUGAGCCCAACCAGCGAAAGCGGGGACGGGACGACGAGGACGAAGAAGACGAUGAAGAUGGCGAUGACGACGACGAAGACGAGUCGGCGGAGCGGCGCAAGAGGGCAAAGAGGGCCGGUGGCGACGACGAUGUCGAGUACGGCAGCGACAGCGAGGGCAACGAGUUCAUGAUGGGCGAGGUGGGCGAGGACGACGACUCCGAGAUCGACAGUGACGAGGCGUUUGGGGAGAGCGACGAGGAUAAAUUCAACGGGUACACGUUCCGGGGCAGUAGCUCAAACAAGAAGCCUGCCAAGAGGAAGUCGAAGAGGGAUGAUGACAGCGACGAGGAUGAUGAAGAGGAGGAUGAUGAAGAUGAUGAGGAUGGGUCGUCACUUGGCGAGGAUGCAAUCGACUUGGCAGCGGCACUGGACCAGAUGUCUGACGAUGACGAAGGUUCCGAAGGAGACACCGAGUCUGGGUCGGAAGAGGGCGAUGACGGUGACUCUAGCUCCGACUCUUCCAUGUCUGACGAUGACGACCAGGACCCGUUGAAGCUGGAUGCGCUGCAGAGCCUCGCUAGUGGCUUUGCAGGCAACAUAGACGAUGAUGAGCCGGUUAGCAGAACCAGCGGCAAGGCAAAAGUCAACCUUAGUGACCUGACCUCGACAGCCACCAAAGAACCAAGCAUGAAGAAGACGCUCAAGCAGCUGCACAAAUACUCCAAGGCGGUAGACAAGCCCGGGAGCUCGCAAAAGCUAGAUGUGCCGUUGGCCAAACGACAGCAGGACCGUCUCUUGCGUAUCACUGCCGCUGAACAGGCACACAAGACUCUCGACAGGUGGCAAGACACGGUCAAGAACAACCGCCGAGCCGAGCACCUUGUCUUCCCCCUGCCGGAUACACAGCACGACGCCGGCCUCAGCAAGACAGAACUCGCCCCGCUCGACAAGAAGAGCGCGGGCAACGAGCUGGAACAGACUAUCCUUUCAAUCAUGGAGGAGAGCGGCCUCGGACCCAGCACAAAAGCGGAGCGCAAUGCCGACGCUGACGGGGCAGUGACUCAGUCCAUGACCCAUGAAGAGCGGCAGGAGCUGCAGGCCCAGCGAAGGCGCGAGCGAGAGCUCAAAUCACGUGAGCAGGCCAGGGCGGCGCGCAUCAAGAAGAUCAAGAGCAAAGCUUAUCGUCGUGUGCACCGCAAGGAAAAGCAAAAGGCCCUCGAGCUCGGCGAGGAUGGCGAGGGCGAGCCGCUCGACUCGGAAGAGGAGCGAGAGGCGCAGCACCGCGCGCGGGCGCUGGAGCGUGUUGGCGCGAAGCACCGCGACAGCAAGUGGGCAAGGUCGACUAAGAAGGCUGGCAUUGCGGGCUGGGACGAGAACGCACGCACAGGUCUGAUAGAGAUGGCACGUCGUGAUCAGGAGCUUCGCCGGCGGGUCGAGGGCCGAGGCAAGUCUGGCGAUGGUGACAGCGAGGAAGAUGAUUCGGAAGAAGACAGUGGCUCGGACGAUGAUGAAGGACGUAGGAGGCUGCUCCUCGAGCUGGAGAAGGUAGAAGCUGCUCAAGAUGAGCCGCAGUCCGAGUUGAUGAAGAUGAAGUUCAUGCAACGCGGCGAGGCGGUUCGGAAAGAGGCCAACGAUGCGUUGGUAGCUCAGCUUCGCCGGGAACUAAACUCGGAAGACGAGGCCGAUGAGGAUGAGGAGGAGGAACCGACAGAGAUUGGGCGCCGGGUUUAUGGUGGUGCCAACACCAUUCAACCCAAGUCGAAGAAGAGCGCUCUUGAAUCAUCAAAAGCCCGCGAUGAUCAGCCACAAAAGUCGAAACCCGCCUCCUCGAAAGUCAACCCAUUCGUGUCGGCAUUCUCAGCUCAGGCCGACGAAUCGGAACCCGGGGCGGCCGGCAGUUGGUCACGCGCCGGUGCUUCCAAAAAAGCAGAAGGAAAGUCGGACAAGCGAAGAAAGGCAGCCGCCGGCGGAACAGAGGACGCACCUCUGGACAUUGACAACACCGUCAUGGCGAAACAGGUGGUUGUCAAGGCCAAGAAGCCCAAGACGGCCACAGGCACCACCAUCACCUCCACGGCUGCCGAUGCCGACACCUCGGACUCCGAGGCCGAGGCUGAGCUGCACAUGCCCCUCGGGAUCCUGGACAAGGAGCUCGCGGACCGCGCCUUUGCCGGCGAGGAUCUCGUCGCGACCUUUGAGCAGGAGAAGACGGCCGUCGAGGAGGAGGACGACGACAAGGUCAUCGACAACACCCUCCCCGGCUGGGGCGCCUGGAGCGGCGCGGGAGUCAGCAACAGGCAGAGGAAGAACCAGAAGAAGUUCCUGACAAAGGUCGAAGGCGUCAAGAAGAAGAACCGCAAGGACGCCAAGCUCGAACGGGUGAUUAUCAGCGAGAAGCGUAUCAAGAAGAACGACAAAUACCUCGCAUCACAACUACCGCACGAGUACGAAAACAAGGACCAGUAUGAGCGGUCGCUGCGGCUGCCCGUUGGACCCGAGUGGACGACUAAGCAGACGUUCCAGAACGCGACCAAGCCUAGGAUCCUGAUGAAGCAGGGCAUCAUUGCGCCCAUGGCCAAGCCCAUGUCACGAUAAAAGUUGUGUUGGAACAGAAAAAGACCUCAGAGGCGGUUCUGUUUUGAUGAGAUACUUCGAUAUUAAAAAUAUAUAUAUAUACCCUUUGGCUGGUUUGCUGUUUGGUUUGAGCAUAGCUAUACGUGAAAUUUACUCAAAUAAUGCCUCAUUACGCUGAAUUCUCU